AUGAGCGGAUUUUCUCGCAAGGAGAACUGCCAAGUUGGCCUUGCUAUUCUUGACACCAAAGACCUUCCCCAAACUUCCCCUAGCAAGCUCAUUUCGACCUACAAGUUUGCCACAGGAUCUCCCGCAUUUCUCUCAAAAGUUUCAAACAAGUUUCUUUUUAGCGAAUCAGUCAAUAUUUCUCAACUAGAUAUUUCAAGCAAUAUCGAGUCUCUUAUUCACAAGGAUCGCGAUAUUUUAUUUGUGGGCCAUGGGUCCCCCAGCGACCUCCAAGUGUUGCGUGCUCUCAAUUUCCCGUUCCCCGAGCGCCUUUUAGGGAUUACAAACACCUUCAACAUUGCUAAUGAAGUAUUGGAGUUUUGGGCAGACUCUCUUGGAGAUCUUCUUAUACUGCUAGGAUCCUUACAAUGGCCUUCAUUGUGCGGGGCAUUUAACCUUCAGAGCUUUACUCCUUUUAGCAGCUCGAGGAUUUAA